AUGGAAAAUCACAGCACUUCACCACCAACAGGCCGAGUGCCCCUUGCGAGACAAGAUGCCAUCGCCCAGCAUUCGGAUGGAGCGCAUGCUACCUCCAUUCCUCUAAAGCAGCAUAGCCGUCCAUCGUCCCUCACCAAUCACAACCUCCCAUCGCCAUCUUCGACCGCUUCUUUCUCCGUACACGAAACCGAGGACGGCAUCCCACCAUCGAGGGACAACUGCGACAGGAGGAGACCGAACGAGGAGGACAGCUCACGACUGCCAAACAUGUCACAGCAGUUGGCUAGCCAGGCUGUGACCCCCUUCCUGAGGGAGCACAUUCCGGGGCUUUAUGCGCCUAUCGGAAAGCCCGACUUCUCCUCCAACGUCAACUCCAACAAUAUAAAAGACCCCAGCAGCAAGUUCUGCUAUCGACACCGACCCGACUCCAAGUGCCGCAGAGCUGCCGACGAGUCCAAAAUGGGCGCUAUCCAGAGCGAACUGGAGAGGUUAUCGCAAGCCGACCAGCAGGCCAUCACGCAUGUCUGGUCCCUCUUCUCCGCCGCCCCCUCGAGGCACCGCGAGUUGAUGCUCCAGGGUGUCAUUACCCAGUGUUGCUUCCCUCAAUUAUCCAUGGUUUCAAGAGAAGUAUCCGAGCAGCUGAAGAUUGACUUCCUCUCCGCACUACCCACCGAGGUCUCGCUCAAGAUCCUUCGUUCCCUCGAUUGUAUUUCCCUAUGCAAGGCCUCCCAGGUGAGCCAUCGGUGGCAGACACUAGCAAACGAUGAUUUGGUCUGGCAACACAUGUGCUUGCAGCACAUUGAACGCAAGUGCACCUCUUGCGGCUGGGCACUUCCGAGAUUGGAGACGAAGAGACUUAAAGGCUGGAAGAAACAACAUCAGCUCGCUGCACGAACCCGCCAGCCCGAGGUUGUUGAAGUUCACGAUGGCGCAGUAACCAGCACUGCGAGUGAGGUUGCAUCAGCACCGCCAGCAGCCUCCAAGAAACGGGACGCGUCCGUGCUGGAAGAAGGUGAAAUUUCCAAGUCAAAACGACCAUGUGGCGAGGACAAACAAAGGAGCUCUGUAGAGCGCCUGUUCCGACCUUGGAAGGACGUGUAUCGGGAUCGUUUCCGGAUCGGGUCAAACUGGAAGUACGGCCGAUGCUCCAUCAAAGUAUUUCGUGGCGAGCACAGCAACGGCGUGACCUGUUUGCAAUUCGACGACAACAUUCUCGCGACAGGAUCUUACGAUUCCACUAUCAAGUUGUGGGACAUGGACAAGGGUAAAGUCAUUCGCACCCUUGAGGGACAUACUAUGGGCAUCCGAGCACUGCAAUUCGAUGAUCGCGUUCUUGUCAGCGGAAGCCUCGACGGAACAGUGAAGAUUUGGAACUGGAGGACAGGAGCAUGUAUCAACACGCUGAACCAUAGCGGCGGCGUCAUCACAGUUCACAUGGAUGGCGACUUGUUGGCUUCCGGCUCGAUGGAUAAGACAAUCAAGGUCUUCAACUUCAAGACUCAACAGAUCAUCAGCCUUAGGGGACACGCCGACUGGGUCAACCAAGUCAAGAUCGACGUCGCAUCCAGGACUCUCCUCUCUGCCAGCGAUGAUUGCACUGUGAAGCUGUGGGAUCUCGAUACCCAGAGGUGCAUCAAGACAUACGACGGUCAUGUCGGUCAAGUCCAGCAAGUAAUGGCCUUACCUGACGACUACGAAUUCGACGACGGAACUGCUCGCGACUCGGAUGCUGUCUCUGUUACCAGCAACCGCAGUGGCACUCCUGGUCCGGGAUCAUCGGCACCGCUUCCCUCACCGCCGGCUGACGAUGAACGAACGGCUUACGGCCACGCCUUUACAGAGAAUGCAACUCGACAAUUGCCACCGCGCUACAUGCUUACCGGUAGCCUAGACGCGACGAUGCGUCUUUGGGAUACCGCGAGCGGCCGAUGCCUCCGCACUUUCUUUGGCCACGUCGAGGGCAUCUGGGGCCUGGUCGGAGACUCGCUCCGCUAUGUGACUGGCGCGAACGAUGCGACGGUCAAAGUCUGGGAUCCUCGGUCGGGCAAGUGCGAACGCACUUUCACUGGCCACGAAGGCCCGGUGACGUGCGUCGGACUGAGCGAUUGUAGAAUGGCGAGCGGCGGCGAAGAUGGUGAGGUCCGCCUUUACCGUUUCGAUUGCGAUCCAUCGGAAGCUGCCGAAUGGGGUACGCCCGCGUGA